GUUGCCUAUCGCAUAGCAUACUCAAGUGUUCGGAGAGCCCCAGGAAGAGCUUGUCACGCGUGGCCGCAUCUGCUGGCACUCGCAAGAUGCUGAGUGUGCCUCUGAUGCUGUUCCGGGGCGGAGACGCGUCCCUGGGCUCUGAGAUCCGCGUACUGGCGGCGCGCUCCAAAGCUCCAGCCGGUGAGUGGGUCGGCCGGUUCCUCACGGGGUUGGGAUCACACUUGACAACUUUGAGGGAGUUCAACACGCCGCCGUUAGAGGUUAAGAGACUAGAAAAUGCAGAAUGCAAUCGACAAAAUGCAACAGUGGAGCUCAGAGGGGGUGACAGCGACCGUCAGGAGCGGCCAUCCAGUAGUCCGUGUCCCUCCUCUUCCAGUAGCAGCAGUGACGAUAGCAGCAGUGCCAGUAGUGGAAGUUCCAGCUCGGAUUCAAGUGACGGUUCCAAUAGCCCCAGCGACAGUGAAGAGGAGGCUCCACCACCACCUACGAACGGUGGAGGUGGCAACGGAGGAGAUGAACAGAAGAAGAAAGACAACGAGGAUGACGAUGGACAUAGCAGUGACUCUAGCAGUGACAGUUCAGCAGAUGAGAGUGAUCAAGAGGAGGACGACGGGGUUAUGAUCGACACAGAUGACGAAAAGGACAAGGCUCUCGAUUUAAUUGACCCAACCGAUGAGGAUUUGAGUGAGAGCGAUGGAAGCUCGGACCUAGAGAACUCGUACCCACAGCUACCCUCUGCCCCAGUGGACACGCUGAUUGCUUUCCGACAGCGAGCUGCACAGAAAGAAUUGCAACUGAACGAGAAACUCAAGAAGGAGGUGAUAGAAGAGGCCAAACAACGACUUCAAGAGCGACAGCAAGCUCUACGAUCCAAGAAGAAGAAAAAAUCGUCGCAGUCCAAACGACGACAGAGUGACGGUAUGUCCAACGGGUCGAAUCGCACGAACGGCAUCACCGGCACUGCCGACACUGCGGAGGAUGAGUGGAUGGUGGACUGUUCGUGCGGACUCAAGGAGAAAAACUAUGACGACGGAACGUCCAUGAUCCAGUGCGAUAGCUGCUCUCACUGGGUGCAUGCGAAAUGUGCAGACAAGCAGCCAGAGGCUGUGGCUCAGGAGAAAUUCCUGUGCUUUCGUUGUGGCUGGAUGUUUGACUGCGUGUGUGAAAUUCGCCGUCGACCCAACCACGAUGAUGGCCAACGUAUGGUUGAGUGCGAAAGCUGUGAAACAUGGCAACAUACAAUGUGCGUGGGCAUCCCGAUGACAGAGGAGCCAGCGGAUGACUACAGGUGUCCCAGAUGUGUGAAGAAAGCUCGCCGGCGCAAUUCUGCAUCGAAGAGCAGUGGACGUCGUGAUAGACAACGAAAGCGAAGCCACACGGAGCAGUCGCGAAGCCAGCGGAAAAGCAGCGAUCCGUCUCCGUCGGUUGCGGUGGACGUUCGCUCUGCUGCUCGCUCGAUAGAUACGGUAACAACGCCGACCCGUUCCCACAGGAGCAGGCGUCGUGAACCGAAGGAAUCGCCCAAGAUGGAGAGGAAAGCUCCUCUAGCUUCAUCACCUUCGCCUCCUCCUGUUCCGGCAGUUUCUCCUCCGCCCACUCCUCCUCCGCCCCCUUCAACUCCCCCACCACCUUCGGUUGGAUCUACACGUGAUCGCAAUCACAGCCGCGUGAAGCGAAGAAGCGAGAGGGAACGAGAACAUUCAUCUACGUCUGGUAGCCCUUCACAUCGCAAGCGUGGCCGAUCAAUGGGUAAUAGUCCUUCGUCUUCGAGCAAGGCAGAACCGAGCGAUAAGGACCAACAUGCUGCACCACCAACUACUGUGACGCCGUCCCCAAGAGGUAAAGGGCUCAUGCUUCGUGGCUAUUCUCCUGCUUCUGCCCGAGCGGAUGCUCCCUCGUCACGAUCAAUGGACGUACGCCCUCCGCUUCCUCUCACCCCGCCGUCAGGAGGCAGUGGCCACAGCAACAGCAGCCAGAACAGUCAUGGUCAAGUUGGCCGGAAGCGUAAGGCUAGCUCAGCGAGGGAUCGGCUAGCGAAGAAGCUCAAAAUUAGGAAGCCCUCGCUGCGGUAAACAUAUCCACGUUUUGAACGACCGACAGUGAGAACGGGAGUAUUUGGAUGUAGCGGAGGAUGGGAUGGUUAUUACGCUACGAAACACGUAGUUAUUCAUUUGCGUUUUUGAUUUCCAAGA